UGAUGAGUACAUCUCUAGUAAAACCUAAAAAACUGAAGUUGACAGAUUAUGAAGUAUUUCAAACUCUUGGCACAGGUACUUUAUUAAUUAAUUACAAUUUUAGGUUCCUUUGGGCGAGUCAAAUUGGCAAGGAACAAAUAAACAAAUAAAUAUGUUGCCUUAAAAAGUUUAAAGAAAGCUGAAAUUAUACGUUUAAAGCAAGUUGAUCAUGUAAUUAAUGAGAAUACCAUAUUGGGCAACUUGCAGCAUCCUUUUAUUGUAUUCUUUUCUUUCAUAAAUUCUUAGGUUAAUUUCGAAGGAUUCUGCCAAGAUCCUAGAUACUUAUAUCUAGUAUUAGAGUUUGUUUCUGGAGGUGAAUUAUUUACUUAUUUGAGAAGCAUAGGAAGACUUGAUACAUAGCAUGCAGGGUAAAUGAAACAAAUUCAUUAUUUAGUUUUUAUGCUUCUUAAGUUGCCUCAAUUUUUGAAUAUCUUCACUCAAAAAAUAUUGUAUAUAGAGAUUUAAAACCAGAAAACUUAUUAAUAGCAGAUGAUGGAUACUUAAAAUUAACAGAUUUUGGAUUUGCUAAAGUAGUUGAAGGAAGAACAUAUACACUUUGUGGAACACCAGAAUAUUUGGCACCAGAAAUUUUAUUAAAUAAAGGACAUGGUAAAGCAGUAGAUUGGUGGACCUUGGGCAUAUUGAUAUAUGAAAUGAAUGCAGGAAUUGAUCCUUUUUCUGAUGAAGAUCCUAUGGCAAUUUACCAGAAAAUUCUUAAAGGAAAGGUUAAGUUUCCAAAAUCUUUUGAUAAGUAUUGAGUAAGAAUAAUAUAGAAAUGCUAAAUCCUUAGUAAAACAUCUAUUAGUUGCAGAUCUGUCUAAAAGAUAUGGAAAUUUAAAGAAUGGUAAUUAAUUUAAGAUUAUUUUAACUAGGGGCUGCUGAUAUUAAAAGUCAUAGAUGGUUUGGAAAUCUUGAUUGGAAUUUGUUAAUAUAAAAGAAAUUGCCAGUUCCUUAUAAGCCUGUUGUUAAGUAAUUCUUUAAAAAAUUAAAAUAAGAGCUCCUAAUGAUACAUCAAAUUUCUCAUCAUAUCCAGAAUCCGAUACUUAAAGUCCAGCCCUUAAACCUGCAGAUGAUCCCUUCCUUGAAUGGUGAAAA